AUACCAUCCUUGAUUGCAGGCUGCGGUCCACUGGGACGUAAUUAUACGAGUAGCUCCGUCUACGAAUCAAAGGAACCUGUUGAAGCUGUAAAGGUCGCUUUAGAUAAUGGUGUGAGAGCCUUCGAUAAUGCACCACAUUAUGCACCAGCUGAGAAUGUUCUUGGUAGAGCUCUCAAGAUCUUGGAACCAUAUUACAAGAGAUCAGACUACAAGCUUAUCACAAAAGUUGGUCACUAUGGCGAUGAAGUUAACUACACUGAGGAGCGCAUACACGAAUCUCUAGAACGUUCUUUCAAAUAUCUACAAACCGAUUACUUUGAUAUCGUAUACCUCCACGAUGUGGAGUUCAUAGCAGAUUCGAUCGCCGAUAUAAACGAAGAGGGACAGCCUACACGAGUUGCUGGUAAAAUACGCGCGAUUGGCAUUUCUGCACUUCCUUUACCAACUUUGUUGCGAGUUUCCAGACUUGCGCUUUCUCAUUUAGGUCCUGACUCAUUGCAAUAUGUUAUGUCCUACGCAAAUCAUGGUCCGCAGGCGUUGGCACCACCUAGUUAUACUCAAACCAACUUUGAGGCAUUCGAGAACUUAUUCGAUAAAAAUAUUAAACUCGUCACCGCAAGUCCAUUCUCUAUGGGUUUACUCACACCUCAGGGUCCACCAGAUUGGCAUCCUGCACCAGAUGGCCUG